AGUGCGCGUGUGGGGGAGGGGAGGGCGAGGCGAGCCACGGCGACAUCGUGCGCAUGCGCCCCCUCUUCUCCCGCCCGCCGCCCUUGACAACGAGCCCAGUCCCCAAACCCAGGUCGGGGCGGUGCCCAAACGGCCGCCCUUCGAGGCUGCUUCCCCCCACAUCUCCCCCUACGUCUGUCCCUCUUCCUCGAUCCUCCCCCCACUGCCCUCCCCCCAGUUUUUGUGAUCCCUCUACUUGAGUGUCCCUCCCCACACCCCGUCCCCUCCUCUCCUUCCCAGAGCCCCUCUUGGGAAACCCCCAGACCCCUCCCCUCUGACCCGCCGCUCCCGGAUCCCCUCAGACCCCUCCCCCUUCCAAAUCUCCCCUAGGACCUCCACCCUGUCCCUGCUCCUCCUCCGUCCCGCCCGCCCGAAUCCCUCUAAGCUCUUUCCUUAAUUUCUCCGUGCCCCUCCCACCCCCUGCAGACCCCUCCCUCCAUCCCGAGAUCCCUCCCCUUACCUCUUUACCUGCCCCAUCGACUCUUCCUAGCUCCCCCCCUUUCCCUCCCAGUGACGCCCCGAGCCUCUGUGAACGCACGCUCCCCAUGGGCCUUCUGCCCUCCCCCUGUCAGGCUCUCCCGCGUGUCCCUGGCCCGGCCCUGGGCUGACCAGUGGGCAGCCCCUCAUGCCCACACUGCCCCCUCACUGCCCCGUGGAGCUGGGCUCCGUCAGUGAGCGGGACAGCCCCCUGGCCCAGCUGCACCAGCUGGCCAUCGUGGGCGGCCCCUGCUGGCGGCUGGCCAGGGUCCUGAAAAAAGGGGUCCAGGUGGAUGGGGAAAACUCCCUGGGUCAGACCGGCCUCUUCCUGUCGGCGCUGCUGGGCCGCGCGGGCGCCGUCCGGCUUCUCCUCCGUUUUGGAGCCGACCCCAACCACCGCUGCUUGGAUGGAAGCACCCCGGUGCACGCGGGAGCUUUCUCCGGCCACUGCCAGGUCUUCCUCUGGCUGCUGGAGGCGGGGGGAGACCUGAGGCUGCACGACCAGCAGGGCUGGACCGCGGGGGACUGGGCGCAGCAGGCUGGGGCCGAGAGCUGGCAAGUCUUGGAGCUGCUUCGGGAAUGCCGAGCCCGAAUGUCCCUGCUGGCCCAGGGGGGCGAGACGGCGCUGGCUUCGUCCUUGGGGGAGCUGUGGGGGCUCCGGGCCGGCUCUCUGGGAAACCUGCACCUGGCCCUGUCCUCGCAGCUCCUGCCUCAGGCCGAAGGGUCACUGUGGCCCAACCGGAUCCAGCGGUCGCCCCAGGUGCCCGGGCUGGGAUUUGGCCAGCUGAGCAGCCUGAGACCUCUCGGCCUGACGUCGGGGGUUCCCCUGGUUGAUCCUGAGGAGCUGCUGCCAGCUCAGGGGGAGCCCGACCGGACCUACGAGUGCGGCGCCCACACCAUUAUGGUCAAUCUCUUGUGGAGGGGACACCCGGUGACUGUUCGGAAAUUGAAGCCGGCCCCCGCCCGGGCCCUCCCGGACCUGCUGCUGUCUGACCUGAAGCACUGCAGCCUCCUCCAUCACCCCAACUUGCUGCUGCUCAUGGCCCUGAGCCCCUCCCCCGACCUGGCCGGCCUGUGCCUCCUGUUUGAGCCCAUCCAGGAGGGCUCCCUGCACCGGGUGCUGCACUCCCCCGGGGAUGCGGCGGGCCCCAGAUUGCCCCCUGGAUUCCCCCCGGGACAGCUGCUGUUACAGGUGCUGGAGGCCCUGCUCUUCCUCCAAGGCCAGGCCCGGGCCCACGGGGGCCUCAGCUCCCACGCCGUCCAGCUGGUCCGACCAGGGCUGGCCAAAGUCAGCAACCUGGAGCACGGACGGUCCCUGCCCCGGCCCCAGCCAGAGCGAGCAGUUCCGUGGGGGGGCCCAAGGCCAGGGCCGCCUCCCCCCCCUGAGCUGUACCCCUGGCUGCCGCUGGAGCUGAUUCGGGGGGACUCGCCCACCCCGACGUCGGACUUGUACAGCUUCUGCAUCUUGACCCAAGAGGUCUUUACCGGGAGCCUUCCCUGGGCUGGGCAAGAAGGCCUGCAGGUCAAGGCGAAGCUGGAGUCCGGGGAGGGCCCGGCCCUCGCUCCCCAGGUUCCCCCGACCUACCAAGCCCUGGUCAAGGCGGGCCUGAGGGUGCGGCCCCGAGACCGGAAGGGCAGCCUGCAGGACGCCCGCUACAAGCUCAGGGUGGCCUUGGCUCAGGAGUCCACGCUCAGAGAAGCCUCCAUGGGCACUGUGGGCAGCCCCUCCUCCGAGCUAAAGACCCCACCGCCGCCUCCCGGGAAGGAAGGCGACCACUCUCCUUGCCCUCCCCACGCGGAGCAGCUGCCGGAGCUGGAUCCCAAGGUCACCAGCACACCCAGGCCUCCGUCCCCCAAGAUGGCCCCCAACCCCAACCCGUCGGAGACCUUGAAGUCCCCCGAGAGCGGCGGGGCCUGGGGGAACGCCUGGAGCCCCCCGGCCUUGGACUCGGGAAGCAGCCUGACCCUGGGCAGCAGCCUCAGCCUGAGCUCCCAGCCUGAAACGGCCUCGGCGGAGAAGAGGAAGCCGGCCAGUCCGGAGCAGAGGCCGGCCCUGCUGACCAGCCUGAGGGAGUCGGCCUCCCUGCUGGGCCAGGCCCAGGGCUCCCUGGAGAGACUGGAGAGGAGGUUCUCGGCCCGGAUCCGGGCCCUGCAGGAUCUGCUGGGAGAUGGCCCCGAGGCCUCGGCGGCCCCCUCCACCUGCCCCCAGAGUGCCCGAAGUUUUCAGGAGUGCAUUGACCUGGCGGCCCAGGCCCGGCGACUGGACAGACAGGAAGGGAGGACGCAGGUCCUGGUCCCUGAGCUAUCCAAAGAGAGCCCCUUCACCAGCCUGCAAAAGCUAGACCUGCUAGAGGAGAUCAUCACAGAGCUACAAGGAACCCCCAAACCAAGGAGCUGAGUGUGGAUCGCCCGGCCAAGUCGAGCUGGUGUCUGUCGGCCACCUGACCCCAACCCAAUAAAGCUUCCCCCGCCCGCCACCUUC